AUGUCUGCCGACGCCGCCGCCGACUCCGCAGCUGCAUCCAACCUCAACUUGACGCCCGAAGAGAAGCGAGUCUACGGCGACCUCUUCAAACAGGCCGAUCCCGAGAACCUGCGAGUCGUCACCGGCGACGCCGCCCUCUCCUUUUUCGACAAGACCCGCCUCGAUUCCCGCGUCCUCGGAGAAAUAUGGCAGAUUGCAGAUAGGGAGAAUCGAGGUUUCCUGACUCCCGCCGGCUUCGGCAUCGUCUUGCGACUCAUAGGCCAUGCCCAGGCCGGCCACGAACCCAGAGCAGACCUGGCCUUUCAGCAGGGCCCCUUGCCCCGGUUCGACGGCAUCACCCUUGCCGCCUCGACCAGCUCGCCCCCGCCCUCUGGACCCCCCGCCCUGCAGCCGCAGGGCACCGGAGGCGCUGUUCGCUUCCCCCCCCUUACUCCCGACAAGGUCGUCCAAUACACGGCCCUCUUCGAACGGCAGUCUCUCCAGGGAAACAUGCUAUCGGGCGAGCAGGCGCGUCAAAUCUUCGACAAGUCGGGCUUGCCAAAUGAGGCUCUAGGUAGGAUAUGGGCUUUGGCAGACACGGAACAGCGUGGCGCCCUCGUCCUCGCCGAGUUUGUCCUCGCGAUGCAUCUGCUCACCUCCAUGAAGACGGGCGCUCUCCGUGCCCUGCCCAACGUCCUGCCCGCCGGUCUCUACGAAGCCGCCACGCAGCGACCGUCUGCCCGCCAGUCCCCUAGCAACACGGGUAUGUCUGCCAUCCCUCGCCAGCUCAGCGGCUCUACCCAGCCGCGCACCGGAAGCCCCCUGGGACGCCCUCCCCUGGCUCCCCAAACCUCAGGCACCCCUGCCGGCGACUGGGCCGUCUCCCCCGCCGAUAAAGAGCGCUUCGACCAGCUCUACGCGACCCUGGACAAGGGCAACAAGGGCUUCAUCACCGGAGACCAAGCCGUCCCCUUCUUCAGCCAGUCCAAUCUCUCCGAGGACGCCCUGGCCCAAAUCUGGGACCUAGCUGAUUUCAACAGCCAGGGGACUCUGACGCCAGAUGGCUUCGCCGUGGCCAUGUACCUCAUCAGACAGAUGCGAAGCGGCCGCUCCGCGACGUUGCCUGCCACCUUGCCGCCGAACCUGGUGCCGCCUAGCAUGCGCAACCAGGCGCGCCCGCCCGCUGCGGCAUCCGCCUUCGACCCCCCUCCCAUGACACAUCCUCCUCCGCCCCAGCCCAAGUCGGCCCUCGAGGACCUCUUUGGCCUCGACUCGUCCGCGCCAAGCCCGGCACCGGCCCAGACGACAAUGUCCACCGGAGGAUCCGGCGCCAAUGAUCCGUUUGGAGGCGGCACGAGCGCCAUGCCGCCAACGUCGCCCAUUAAGCCGGCUGCCACCGGCUCCACUUUUAAGCCCUUUGUUCCUUCGUCCUCAUUCGGCAGGGAUCUCCUCGAGGACAACGAUCCUGAGGCGAGCAAGAAGAUUACGGGAGAGACGACUGAGCUGGCCAAUCUGUCGAACCAGAUCGGCUCUCUUUCCAAGCAGAUGCAAGAGGUGCAGACCAAGAGGACCACGACUCAAAACGAGCUCACCCAGACCAACUCACAGAAACAAAACUUUGAGCACCGGCUAGCACAGCUUCGAACGCUCUACGAGAAGGAGGCGGAGAAUACCCGGGCUCUCGAAGAGCAGCUGAGAAAGUCGCGGGCCGACACCCAGAAGCUCCAGGGCGAGUGCAUGACCCUCGAGGGAACGCUCCGAGACCACCAAACCCAACACCAGCAGGUCUCGGCGGCGUUGCAGGCAGACCAGCAGGAGAAUGCCAGCCUUAGGGAGCGCAUCCGCGUCGUCAACGGCGAGAUUGCACAACUCAAGCCGCAAGUCGAGAAGCUCAGAUCCGAGGCCCGCCAGCAGAAAGGUCUGGCUGCCAUCAAUAAGAAGCAGCUAGCCACGACGGAAGGCGAGCGCGACAAGCUCAAAACAGAGGCCGAGAACUUGGCAAAGGGGGGCGACGACGUCUCCCGCCAACUCGACAGCGGCUCGCCAGUGUCGGCCCCUGUCCAAGUCACCAGCCCAGCCCUGUCGACGGCAAGUGGUAACAAUCCCUUCUUUAAGCGGACGGCGAGCACGGAUGUAAUGGGGACCUUUCCCUCCCCGCAGACUCGGGGCGUCCAGGACAAGUCCUUUGACGAAGUAUUUGGCCCGUCGUUUGCCCCCGGCGCGACCAGUUCGCCGCCGCCGCCGGCAACAUUCAAGCAGCAACACACGGGCAACUCUGUCGCCAGCGCGGGCUCCUUCAGCCGUCAGGGGACUCUGGAACCGCCGGCACCGCCGGAGUCGAGGCAGAUCAACUCGAGCUUCCUCCCCUUUCCCGACCACACCGAAUCGUUCUCUUCGUCUCGCCAGGUCUCGCCCCCGGGUUCUCGCAUCGAGGGCUCAGUCGCCAGCUCCUCCAACCCAUUUCCCACCGAUACUGACGGUGCAGGAGCACCAGCAACCUCCACGAGCGACGAUGACGAAAAGAGCCCGACGCCCAGCGCUAUUCCCGUCCCCGGUGACGCACAGGGGCUCACCGCCGGCGACUCUGCGGCCAAGGCACCCCAUCCAGGUGAAUCUGGUGUCGCCGGAGCACCCGGCUCCUUUGGAAACGGCGACGAGGCAAAAGCAAAGGCCGACUUUGAUGAUGCGUUUGCCGCGUUUGCCGCCUCGAGCAGGAGUCCGGGUCCUGGCGCUCCCGAGGGCUCCAAAGCACAAAACGCUUUCGACGCCGAGUUCCCGCCCAUCACGGAACUGGAACACGAUGAGGACUCAGACUCAGACAGCGAGCGCGGUGGGUUCGACGACGACUUUGCGCCCGCCUCGCCCCCGAACAAAGCCGGCGAAAAACGGCCAGAGGCAGGAGUCAGCGAGGCGGCAUCCGGUGCUAUAGAUGCCAUUUCGAACGUGACGGCCAAAGAGAAGGCAGUCUCCACCGAGUCUCCACACCAGGGUGCCGAACAGCCGUCGUCGCCCGCUACGAUAACAAAUUCCAGCGCGGCCGGCCCCAAGCCAACCACUACUGCCGAUGACAUUUUCGGUUCUGCCGCGCUCGGGCCGUCUCACUCGGCGGCAAAGGGCACACUCGAUGACCUGGACGACGAUUUCGAGGGUCUCGAGGAUGCCAAGGAGGGAUCCGCGGAUGACGAUUUUGCCAACAUCUCUCGAGAUGACUUUAACCCGGUGUUUGACAGCAGCCCGCCAGCAAGUCAGACCAAGAGCGAGUCGACGGCUUUCGGAAACGAGAGCAGCUUCGAUUUUGUGGCCUCAAACCCGACAGGCGGGACCGCGGCUGCGACUGGGGGCAACCAGCAAAAGGCACCCGACAGCCACGACUGGGACGCCAUCUUUGCCGGCCUCGACUCCCCGAGCGCCGUCUCUCCCGGGAUCAACGACCCGAACACCAGUAACGACGGCAAGAAGGAUUUGCGCCCGCAGCCGCCGGGCCGCGCCCUCACGGAGCAUGGAGAGCACGAUGACCCCAUGGUCAAGAACCUGACAAGCAUGGGCUACUCGCGGGCCGAUGCUGUGACGGCGCUGGAGAAAUAUGACUACAAUUUGGAGAGGGCCGCCAACCACUUGGCCAGCCAUUCAUAG